GUCCUUUGUUGUUGUUGUGGUGGUGGUGUCAUUUAGUUAUUGUUAUUGUUUUGGCGCUCUUUCUCAUCCAACAUCUUUCAAGAUAUUUUGCGUAUCUUUCAUUGUUCUAUCAGUAGGUCUUCCCCUUUCGUUCCACGAAGACUCACGAAUAUGGGGAAAAUACGGGAGUUGACGACGGAGGAGAAAAUGACUAUGAGACUUGAUGACAUUAUAUACUAUGAAAAUGCAAGGAAUAUCCAAGAAAAUUACCAAUGGAAUCAUGAUCAAAUUGAAAGUAAUUCGAACAUGACUGAUCAAUCUAAUCAUGACAGCGGGAAUCAUGACGUGCAGCAGUACUAUGACAAUGAAAGAAGGAACAAUUAUCAUCAUGAUUUCUAUCAACCUUAUAAUCAAAGAAGGAAUCAAGCUCUCAUGCCUCGCAAGAAUUUUAGAAGGAACUACCACAAUUCUCAUCAUGAUCAUGUGAAAUGGAAUUACAACAGAAGGAAGAACAACAGUUGGAAGAAUCACAGAUCACCUUAUUUGAAUGACAGAUUGAUUCACAAGAUUGAAUCUGCUCCACGGGGUAGCAUUUUUCGUCGUUUGGAACUUGAUCUUCCCUCCCGCCAAAUUCCAGGCGCUGGUCAUGUGUUUUACGAUUGUGUCUUCCAUUUUCACUGACACCAGGACUAUUCUUGAUAAUCAUGGCAAAGACUCUUUUAUUUUUUGUUUAGUUUUCUCAUUUCAUUGACAGUGUGGCCACAAUGUUGUAUGAUGGAAGCUGUUUUAUUUCUUUACUAGUAAUUGGAAAAUAUAUUUUAUUUUGGCAUUUUGCCUCUCUUAACCAAUCAAA